UGUUGUUCACUUUGUCUGUCAAAGUAAGGAGGAGGUAGGGACUGGAUCAGCGCUGCUGAGCGUUCAGGGGAGGGCGAAGUAAGUGAUGCUGAGCCAAUGGAGAUAUUCAUGCGAGGAGCAUCUGUCCUAAACCCCAACUAACCGCUGCAGAACACUUCUGUCUCCGCGUCGAGGUCACAAUCUGACUCAAGUUUGAAGAGGCUCGCUCUUAUUCACUCUCUUUGGGAGAUUUGCUUGAGCAGGACAAAACAAGAAGUGUGUUUUCGUCGGUUUUGGAGAUGCUGUUCCGCAGUCGAUCAGCACUGCACAACCCCCAGCUGUUAUGAUGCUGAUGCUACAUUCUCUCAAAGGCUAUGCAGACAGGAGCUGGUGUUUAUCCCAUGGAUCUACUGGACAGCACAUACCCGUGACGACAUCGUCUCCCACAAAUCCCGGGAGUUUCUUCUUUCUAUGUGGAUUAAGGUCUACAGCAAAGGAAACUAGAGCUUAAACAGCUGGGAUUUUCCCCAUGUUCCUGACAUCAUCUGUAGGAAAUGAGCCCUGGGCGUCUGUCUUUUCUCUCUACAUGGACGAAGAGCCAAGGAAAGUGUUCUAAAAGCUGACCGUCAGGAUUAAUUUUACUUACAAAACUGCCCCUUUAUCUUUAAACCCAAAGAAGACCCUGAUGGUGUCAUAUGAUAUGGACUAAUUGUACUCAGUAAGAGCGCCCAGCGGCAGCACCUUGGCUCCAGAUGAAACUGAUGUUUUUCUGCAUAAUAUUUAGUGAGUCUGGAGCUGUUAGCCCUCCCGCACUGUGUGUCGUAGCAUGUGGCUUGGGCUCAACUUCCACAGCAUCUUAAUUACACAGCCGAACCGAUUUAGACCACGGAGGAAGCAUCUCUACAUCUGGAGAUACGCUGGCAUUUUUUAGAGGGAUGCACAGAGACGUCUGAUCUGCUUCCCUCACGUUUUUUGUUCUCUUUACCUAUGUGAUUUCCUAAAGAAGAAGCCCAAGAGAUCCAGCUCUCUUUCACAUGUGCACCUACGGCAGCCAUGAGGGUCGCACCGACACAUUUGGCAGGACUACAGAGCGGCGCUCCACGUGGAUAAAUUAGUUUAUUUCGUGUCGGGGUUACACAUUCUUGUCAUAUAUUUUUACAACUGCACGGCUCGUGGAACACGACAGGAAAGACUUAAAAGGGCCUGAUGCACCUUUUAAGAGCAGCAACAAAAAUGAAUAAAUCAUCAAGAGGGAGUGAGGGCUAGUUCUUCACAGACAGCGCUGAAGAAUACGCUCUUCUCCCGCUACCAGCGAGAGAGGUCUCUGGCAGACUGACAGUUGCAGCCUCUCCUGCUCUCGAGCCUGGUGGAACGUUGAUGCAUUUGCCUUGAGUUUCGCCUUCCUCGGCCCUCCCCCUCUGUGCCUGUGUCAUGCUCUGUUGCCGGCGUGCCGUCCUGGAGCCAUGCCCAUCCCCGAGAUGGCUUUGAGCCCGGAGAAGUCUCUGUACUGGGAGGUGUUCCCCUCCAUGGCCACGCAGCGGGUGUACUGCACACCUGUGCUCUGGGCCGGACGCCUCUAUGUUCUGGGGGGCUGCAGCGAGAACGGCCUCCCUCUGGACUCAGCCGAGGUGCUGGAUCUGGAGAGCCAGCGCUGGUGCGAGCUGCCCCCUCUCCCCACCGCACGGGCCGGGGCGUCUGCCGUGGCCGUCGGAGACCAGCUGAUGGUCAUGGGAGGCAUGGACGCGCAGCAGAGCCCUCUGGCCUCGGUGGAAGUGUAUCACCCUGAUGAGGGCAAGUGGGAGAGAAAGACGGGACUGGGGCAGCCCUCCAUGGGGAUCACCACCCUGGAGAAAGAUGGCAAGGUGUAUGCGCUGGGUGGGAUGGGGACUGACACGACCCCUCAGGCCUCAGUGAGGCUGUAUGAGCCAACAAAGGACCAGUGGCUGCCCCUCACCUCCAUGCCCACCCCACGCUACGGAGCCUUCUCCUUCCUGUCCGGUAACAAGAUCUAUGUUCUAGGUGGGCGUCAGGGCAAGCUGCCAGUGACUGCAUUUGAGGCCUUCGACCUUGAGAUGAAGAGCUGGACGCGGUACCCAUGCAUCCCCAGCCGCAGAGCGUUCUCCUCAUGCGCUGCCAGCGACAGGGCCUUUUUCAGCCUGGGGGGUCUUCAGCAGCCUGGACCCCACAACUUUUACUCCAGACCUCACUUCGUCUCCACUGUAGAGGAAUUUGAUUGUGAGCAGGGUGUGUGGUUGAAGGCCACACGGAGCUGUCGCAUGAGAGAGAAGCGGGCGGACUUCGUUGCUGGCUGUCUCGGUGGAUGGGUCAUCGCUGCCGGGGGACUCGGUAACCAGCCGUCCCCGCUGGCGUCAGUGGAGAGUUAUAACCAGCUGAAGAGGAGAUGGGAACCCGUGGCCCCGUUACCCAGCCCUCGCUGCUCCUGUGCCUCCAUUCAGACCCCAAACAUGCUGUUCCUCAUCGGAGGGGUGUCCCAGGGUCCCAGCAACGCCGUGGAAGCCCUCUGUUUGAAAGAGACCGUCUGACACACUAAUGAACAACUACACAAAUCCUCACAUGCUGUACUUUCCGGAGUGUAAGCUCUGCAAACACACACACGUGCAUACUGACGUCAAGAUGACAUGUGUGUGUCUCUGACAAAUAUUCACAGACUUUCCCCUCAGAGGACGCACCAGCUUUAUACUUUGAAUAGUGGAGACAAUCUACUGGAGCUUGGACAGCGUUCCACACCUCUGGACAGAAGAGUUUUGGACUGGAUAGCUAAGACAAGCAAAAAAAAUACUUAAAUAUAACUAUACUAAAUAUAGUAAAUAUAUUUAUGAAUACAUAUAUAAAUAUAAUUAUACAUAUAUUGAUAUAUUAAUAUAGAUAAAUGUGCAGACCUACACACGCAACACUCCAGGCGCCUUUGAACUAUACAGAAUUUUUCAGUAUCAAAGCAGGGUAAUUUUCUGGCAAACUAAAGAGGAACCUAGGGCCAUAUCCACCACGCUGCCACAGCAUCCGUCUGAGGUAGCAUGUUUAGCACUUUUUGUAUUAUUGACAAACAGAGGAUCUUCUGCGCGAGACUUCAGAAAUGGGAGGUGGAUGUGUGUGUGUGUGUUUUUGUACCUUCACAGCCAUGCACGUGUGAAAUUGAGCAUCAUUAUGCGUGGAAAGAGCAACUCUUCUAACGGCUAAUCACUGAUGCCUCACUGUAGCAUGAGACAGGGGAGAUGGAGGAGGACUUGGUUCAUCUAGCUGGUUUAUUAAAGCAAUGUUCUGGGUUCAAAACAGGUUUAGCUUGAAUGGAUCUGUGAUAUACUGUCGAUUAGACAGAUGAUCAUUUGAAUGUGUCCCUAAAACAAGCAAAAUAAUGGGUUUACAGUAAUGCUCUUGCAAUGGACAUUUAAGAGGAAAGGUAUGUAUUUUAAUUGAAGUGGUUCUAGUAAUUAAUUUGUACAAACAUCUUUUAUUUAACAUGUUAGUGUUAUUUAUUACGUUUUUUUGUGUUUUUAAAAGAAGUCCCAUAAGCUCACCAAGAUUGCAUUUAUUUGAUCAAUUAUUAAGUAAA